AUGCAGGCUUCUCUAUACCUAAACACAUCGAUGCGGAUGAGGAAAGACGAGAUAAUGCAGAAGCUGCGGUCGAGCAGUGAGCAGGACAAGAUCGAGGGGAUGAAGCAAAUGAUAGCACAGAUGAGCCAGGGAGAGGAUUUCAGCUCCCUUACACACAAGAUAACAAAGGAGACGCUUGUGGUUCGGAGCAACGAGCUCAAGAGGUUGUUCUACUACUACCUUGAGCUUCUCCCGAAGGCCAGGGGAACCCAGUCGUUUGAAGAAAUGCUUCUUCUAUCGAACCAGGUGAGGAAGGAUCUGGAGCAUCCAAACGAGUACGUCAGGGGAUUUGUGAUGCGGUUUGUGAGCACAUUGGACGACCAGGAGCUUGUCGGGAACUUCUACAAGCUGAUCAAGGACAACUUCAACCAUCCAAACACAUAUGUCCGAAGAAAUGCUUACUUCUGCCUAGGAGAGAUCUUCCUGAAGAUGGACAUGUACAAGGAGGUUCCAGACCUCCUGUACCAUGCAUUGCUUAGAGAUCUGGAUCCGAACUGCCUGCGAGAGGCCUUUGUCUCUCUGCACCUGACCGACCCCGAGCUGGCACUCAAGUAUGCUGGCGAGGUGAGUCUAUCGAUACCAAGCGAGCUUUCGACAGCGAUUGUGGAGAAGAUCAAGGACGAGAGGCUUCUCGAGAGGUUUCUUUUUUCUGAAGACAGCAUGACGGCGUUUGAGGCAGGGAUGUCGAUUCACAGGAUGAGUAAUGACGAGCAGUUACUGAAAAGAAGCACUGACACCAUACUACGGUGUCUUGAGGAUCUUCCAAGAUGCAGGGAGUAUGCGAUUGAUGAGCUUCUCCUCUCGACAUACAGCUUCUCUGGAUAUGCAAUGAGCUUCCUGUCGCUGAUAGAUCCAUACGAUCUGAGCUUCUGCUCUAAAUGCUUUGACUUCGUUUUCAAGAUUUCGGAAACCCAUGAGUUCUUGCAGAUUUCCGACUUUCUGGCCUUCAGGUUCAUGGAUACCCACGAUGCAUCUGUCCAGAACCAGAGCUUCAGGGUUCUUCUCCUGGAGAAGAUGGCAUACUUCGCAAGCACCUAUUCGUCUUAUAACGAAGAAAUGGUCUCUGAGGCCCUGAAGAGCAUUGCAUCGGACAAUCCUGAGAUGAGUCAUGCCUCUCUGAUGUUUCUUUCUUCCUGCUUUGAGAUCAUGAGCAGGAGCUCUGAGUCCUGUGAAGGGGAUGCGGCGGGGCACGGGUCUUAUUUGGAGGUGCUGGUCAACAAGAUAAAUGAGGUGAAGUAUGGAAAGAUACUGAGGUGUUGUUUUGGCAUUCUUAGAAGACAUGCGACAAAAGAGAUUUUUCUCAGGGUUGUUGAGGUGCUGGAGUCCUCGUUUGGACAUGCCGACAGACCCUUGUAUUUGAGAAACACGCAGACAUUUCUGGGGGCCUUUAUGUGCAUUGAGCUUUCGGAGAUGUGUAGGAGGCUGGAGGGCCCCAAGGACAGGGUGAUUGCCGUCAUGCUAAGGUUUAUUGAGCACGGGAAAGAAAGCAAUACCAUUGACAUGAGCUCCCAGUCAACUAUAGUGUCAUGCAUCAGGUCUCUUGUGUCUUGCAACAGCCAGGGGGAGGUUUCCUCUGAUGGCCACAAACGAUGUAGAGAAGGUGUUCUCGACCCCAUCAUGCUUCCCGGGACCCGGUCGAGCGACGAAAGGGGUCUGAACAAGCUCAACGAGUUCCUGGUCGAUAGUGAAGGCGGAAGUGCGGAGAUGAGGAAUGUGACGCAGCUGACAGGGCUGUCUGAUCCGAUCUACGUUGAGGCAACUACAAGCUACACCCGGUACGAGAUUGUAGUGGAUAUGCUUUUUAUCAACCAGACGCCAUCAUACCUCCAGAACAUCCUGCUGGACUUUGUUACAAGCCAGGGCCUCAGUGCUACAUUCAUUAGCACCCCGUUUUCGCUGUCCAGCAGGUCCGUUGUGACAAAGAGAUUUACAUUCCGGAUAAUUGAUGCAUCGAAUGGGUUUAUAAGCGGGUCCAUCACCUUCAGGUACCCGGACGAGUGUGGGGAAUAUGCCAACACAGUAUACACCAUCAACCUGUCUGAAGUCAAAACAUCUGUGUCUGAGUUCCUCGAGCCUCGGAAAAUGGAUCCCGACGGGUUCCGGGAGACGUGGAAGGAGCUUGAAUGGGAAAACACAUACACUCUCAAGUUUAUUACGAAAAAAACGCUGGAGGAGAUCUUCGGGGAGGUGAGUAGGGCUCUGAAUGGGGAGACGCUGGACAUUGAGUGCGAUGAGGAUUAUGCGGUUGGGAACAUAGCCUGCUCGACGCUUCAGAAUGUAUGUGUACUGGUCAAUGUGUGCCUGAGGAGAAGCGAGCAUGUUCACUUCGAGUCUCGGAUCCGGAGUAGGAAGGAGGGGAUAGUGAAGUCUGUAAGUGCUGUGGUUGGGGAUGUACUGAGAUCACUUAAGAAUAAAUGA